GUAGAAAUCAACCAAUUCCCAGGCUCCUUCGCAAUCCACUCAAACCCUCGGCAGAAGGAUACUAACCAGAAUAGGAAUUGGCCAUGGCGGAGAAACUGAGCUUGGGCAUUCUCAUAGACAUUGUGGAUGAGGAAUGGAUGCGGGACACUCUUCCACAUGAUGAUCUCCAGUUGCCAGAAGUGAAUGUUUCUCGAGCUGAUGACACUGAAGACUCUAAUGUGGAAAAUCAACAAGCUGAUGCAAAUACUUGGCAUGAUCUUGCUUUGGGAACUCAAUGAGACUCAGCGGGCUUGAAUUCUAGUAGUAACCAAAAAGGGCUUGACCAUAUGAUAUGGAUCUUGAUAAUACGUGCACGCUUUAAUCGGAUGUAGUAGUUGCAUUCUUCCUUUUUUGGUUUUGGCCCAAUUUGGCUGUUGGGCUCGAGUGUAUCCUGCUUGUUAUGAUUGACUAUAACAGAACUAGUUUCUCCAGUUUGAAUGCCAUCUUUAACUCUGGAAGAUUAGAUUUUUGGUUCA